CGCUCCCGGCAGCACUUCGGUCUUGCACUUUCCUGUCCCGUCGAGUGAUCCAAGCAGCCUGCAAGAUGACCAUCAACACCCUGGCUAAAGGAGGCUGGCACCGGGAGCAAAUGACAUGCUUUCGAAAGAUGGAGAAGGUGAUUGUGGCCAUGCAGGACCCUGACAUGGGCAUGAAGAUGAGAAACCAGAGGCUCCUUAUCACUGUCAUUCCUCAUGCCAUGACAGGUCGAGAUGUAAUUGACUGGUUGAUCCAGAAAUAUUGUAUCUGUGAGGAGGAGGCUCUGCACCUUGCUGGCAUGCUGGUGAGAUACGGGUACAUCUAUCCCCUCAAGGAGCCGAGAUCUCUUGUGUUACGAGCUGAUGAGUCGCCCUACCGCUUCCAGACUCCCUACUUCUGGACUAGUACCAGAUGGCCUGCCUCAGAACUGGACUAUGCAAUCUAUUUGGCUAAAAAGAACAUAAGAAAACAAGGAGAACUGAUGGAAUAUGAAAAGGAGAGGUACAGUGUCUUGCACAAGAGGAUCAACCACACCUGGGACUUUGUGGUGAUGCAAGCAAGAGAGCAACUUAGAGCAUCCAAACAGAGGCGGAAGGCAGACCGCAUUGUCCUAGAAUGUCAGGAGCAGGCUUACUGGCUCAUCAACAGACCCCCGACUGGGGCACAUAAUGUAUUGGAAAUGGGUCUAGAGAGACCAAAUAACUUCAGCUCACGAGUUACGCUGAACAGUGACUACUACAAAAGAGAGAUUGAAUCGUCUAGAAGGGCCCUCGGAAGAAACCGUGUAAAGUCAUCCAUCUGCCUAGAAGGGUUUGUGAAAUACAGCGAGCAGUACCAGAACCACGAUCCCAUUAUGCAAGGCUGCCUUCCCAGUAACCCCUGGAUCUCCGAUGACACCGCACACUGGACAAUGAACACAGACAUAGUGCCUACCCCGACACGUCUUCGAGUGGAGCGUUGGAGUUUCAGCUUCAUGGAGCUUCUGAAUGACUCCAUUGGGAGGCGGGAGUUCAUGACCUACCUGGAGAAAGAGUUUAGUGCGGAGAACCUAUGUUUCUGGCAGGCCUGCGAGGAAGUUAGACAUGGAGAAAGUUCCAAGAUCAUAGAGAAAGUGGAAGAGAUCUACAAAAACUUCCUGGCUCCUGGAGCUGCCCGCUGGGUCAACAUCGACAGUAAGACCAUGGAUAAAACCCUAGAGGGGAUCAAACACCCACAUCGUUUUGUUAUGGAUGACGCACAAAUGCACAUCUACUUCCUCAUGAAAAAGGACUCCUACCCGAGAUAUCUUAAGUCUGACCUAUACAAGAACAUGCUGGCCAAAGCUAUUCUCCCCCAGGAGACUAAAAAGAGUGUGUUCCCCUUCAUGAGACGCCAGCGGCACUCUAGCCCCUCCCCCGCUCAGGCUGCCACCCAGUUGACGGAGGAAGAUGAGCGCGCCAAGGGGGCCGGGCAAGCAGGUACCAACUCUGCAGCCGGCUCCCAUGUCUGAUGCCGGGGCCAAAAAAACGUGUCAGACUCAAUCACCUCAGUCUCCAAUGUCUCAGUUGGUCACCAUAGUAACCACCCGAGUAGUUCUCUCUGCUUAUUGUCUCAUCUCAAAGUGAGUUGAAGCCACAGCUUUUCUUUCACUUGCUGCAACAUUGCCAGGACUAGGAUUUCAACACAGAGCUUCCUCUCAGAGCACAGGUGUUAAUGCAUACCUCAGCAGCUCCACAUCUUAUUCCCAGCGCACAAGCGAUGGACAGCAGACAAGAGCUUUUAGUGCUACUGUUACAGCCGUUACUGCUCCAUAUUCACCCUGCAUCUACUUUGCAUCCCAUCUCGGUCCAAAAAGCCUGCCCCGCUGUUUUUGAUAUUCACUCCUAAUACCAAGUCUUCCUUUCUCCUUGAGUAGCUUUUAUAUAGAAUCUAUUUCUGUCUCUUACAAGCAGUUUUAGGUAAAGAGGUUGUUUAUAGAGAAUAGAAGAUGUAAAAUAAUUAUUUAGUCAGAAAUUUGCCUCGGCAUGUCUGUGAUUAUCGUACAGUUUACUUGUUUUCUUCAUUCCAUGCUGGAGCUUCACAUUGUGAUUGUUGUUGCUGUUAAUUUUGCUCAAGCAUGUUUUCAUCCCAAUAAAAAGUCA